AUGAUUAUCAUUAGAGAUGACCUCGCAGGUAUUUCUAGUCUCCAACAGUUUCUCUGUCGCCGCUUUGAGAUGAAAGAUUUGGGUUUGCUUAACUACUUUCUUGGCUUGGAAAUUUCUCAAGAUUCAUCUGGUUACUUUCUUACCCAGGCCAAGUAUACUUCUGAUCUCUUGGCUCGUGCUGGCCUUACCGAUUACAAGACUACCACUGCUCUCGUUGAUCAUCAGAUUCGUCUUACACCUCUUGAAGGUUCCUAUUGUCUGAUGCCACAAAAUAUUGUCAGCUACCAAUUCGUGGCUGUUCCCCGUUCUCCACACUAUGAUGCUCUAAUUCGCAUUUUGCGCUAUCUCAAAGACACUCUGUUUCAUGGUCUUCACUACUCCGCACAGUCUUCUCUACAGCUUCAUUCCUUUUCUGAUGCAGAUUGGGCAGGGGAUUCUACUGACCGUUGUUCCACUACUAGGUUCUGCUUCUUCUUGGGCAACUCUCUCAUUGCCUAG